UAUAUCAUCAUGUUUAUAGUUUAAAACUCGAUUUCUCAGUUUAUUCAAUGGAUAAGUUCGUUGGUUUAAUGGUUGCUAUAAUAUUUUAAUAGUUAAAGAAAAUUGGUUCUAUAUUACUAUUAAGUAAUUAUUUGAUUGACUAGAAGCAACAUUUUAGUUAAAUAAAAGAAAUAUAUUGAUUUGUAUAUACAGUGAGGAUAUACAUACAAGGCUGCACUGCUUAAAGAAGGACUGUGCACGUUAGUAUGUUAGUGUAUUAUUGUACAGCAGACACUUCAGUUCAAUUUGAAUCCACAACACAACCUGUAAAUUUUCUUAGAUAGGAAAAAUACAUUUCGGCGGUAGCCUACCACUGCAGCUGUUGUUAACUUGUUUGAGUUACAGGACUAUGUCGUAUCGAUACAAAAAUUAUUAAUUUUCGAAAAAAGAAGAAAAUGGGAACCAGAGUUACGGCUGCUCAUUUUUCAGACAAAACGUUCGCCGGAGUGUCUCAAUUACUCGAAGAUCUUCAAAAAUUAGCAGACAAUCAUGAAUCAGCUGAUAUAGUAUUUUUAAUAGGGCGAGACGAAGUUCCUGUCUACGCUCAUCGCCUUAUUUUAAUGACCAGAUGUAAAAGCUUCCAGUCAGUAAAGCGUGGUGAAAUUUGCCGAAUUCCUGGAUGUUCUGUUUCGCCAUCAGCACCUGGUACACCUACUCCUGUCAGAUUACCACAAUUCCAGGGAGACACAUUUAAACAAUUUAUCAAUUAUGUAUACACUGGGAAGAUUGUUUUACAAGAUAAUGGAGUUUUUGAAAUGCUAACACUUGCACAAGAACUUGGAGUAGAAGACUUACAAAAUAAUUGUGAAGAACACGUUUCUUCAACAAUGUCAGUUUUAAAUGCUUGUACGUUUUUAGCUGCUGCGAUGGAUAUACAGGAUAGAGCAUCCCCUGGAAAAAGUACUAAAUCAUUCGUUGAUCGCUGUGUUUCGUUCAUUGGCGAAAAUGCUGCAAAAUGCAUCAAAACAAAUACUUUUUUAAACUUACCUAAAGAUUCAUUAAUUAAACUUAUAUCUUCAGAUUGUUUGGCUCUUGAAGAAGAGGAUGUUUGGAGAGCAGUAGUGAGCUGGGCUAAGUUUCAAGCAGGCGUGGUGCAACGAACUGCUCAUUGGACAGAAGAAGAACGAGCAAGGGUGUGCCAACAUUUAUCAGGAGUUAUUAAUCACGUCAGACUGUUGUUGAUAGAUUCUCAAGUGUUUGCCGAAGAAGUAGAACCAACUGGAGCUGUUCCCAUAGAAAUGUCAUUAGAACGUUACCGCUACGCUGCAUUACCCAAUAAAUUUAAAGAAAUGUCUGAAGAUCAUCGUCUUCAGCCUCGUGUCAUGCUAAAAUUUUUUUCAGGAUCUCAUAUUUUAAGUCAAGAUAAAACGCAUUUACAACGAGUUUUAAAUCAGUGGUACGGUAGUGUAAAACAAUGUUGGCGUUUAAUUUACAGAGCAUCAACUGACGGAUUUUCAGCUGAAGCUUUUCACAAACACUGUGACGGUAUUGCACCUACUUACGUCUUAGUAUUGGGCGUAAACGGCUGGCUGAGUGGAGGAUUUAGCGACGUUCCAUGGGGUAAGAGUCACACCAAGGGUGCUUAUAUGGUGUCGGACAAGAGCUUCCUAUUUUCUCUUAGCACCACUCAAGACACCCCGCCGAUAAAAUAUGAUAUUGUUAAAAAACCUUAUGCCAUAUGUUACCAUCAAGAGAUAGGCCCUAUUUUUGGAGCCGGGGCUGACUUACUGAUAGCCAAUAAUUGCAAUGUAAAUAUGGACAGCUACAGUAAUUUGCCACACUCUUAUGACGGCGAAAACGCUUCAUGUAAUUCGUUGAUGGGCGACUAUAAUUUUACUGUUGCUGAUUACGAGGUGUUCACUCCUAUUACAAAGUAAAUAUUUUGUAAACUGCAAUGAUGUAAAAUCAUUGACUUCUUUACCAUUACGAUUGUAAUUUAAAAAAAAAAUAAAAUUUCAUAAAUUAAAUGUUCAAUAUUGUUUUAAACUAAAAGCGAUUUAACUAUGAUAUUUACGAGCUUAAGCUCUAUUGCUAUUUUUUUUAAAUAUCAUUGUCUAUUAAAUAUUUAUUUUAUUAUUGUUCAUAGUAAUAAUUUAUUUUAAAAGAUAACAUGUAAAAAAUUAUUAAUUUAAUACGUUGUAAUCAAAAACAUCCAUCUACUCAAUAUUGACUACCUAGUAUUUUUAUUACCAUUUAUAUUUUUGUAUUUUGUGAAAUAAAUUUUUUUUUCUAAU